CUCAUUGCAAUUCAAUGCUCCACUAGUUUCGCAGCGGAGCGGUGAGAGUACUUCGCUCUUCUUUAAAAUCCCGUUUUGUAACACACUUCAUUAAUAAGUAAUACUUACUCGGUGUCAUGGCGGAAUCUGCAGCUUGUCCCGCAUUCCAAUUGGGGAGACCUCGUUAUGACCAGAGCAACUUCUACGGCAGGUUGAGACACUUCCUGGAUGUGAUUGACCCUCGCACCCUUUUCGUGUCUGAGGUUCGUCUUAAUGAGUGUAUGAAACUUCUGGAUGAUUUUAAACAUGGGACACUUCCACCUGGAGUGACAGAUUUGCAGCUUUGGGAAGCUCAGAAAAUCAAGCAGGCCAUUAUUCACCCUGAUACUGGGGAGAAGAUCUUCAUGCCAUUUCGGAUGUCAGGUUAUGUCCCAUUUGGAACACCAAUAGUUGUCGGCCUCCUCCUUCCUAAUCAAACUCUGGGGUCCACAGUGUUCUGGCAGUGGCUGAACCAGAGUCAUAACGCUUGUGUUAACUUCUCCAACCGCAAUGCCACUAAGCCGACGCCGCCCUCCAGGUUCAUCCAGGGCUACGCGGGCGCGGUGACGAGCGCGGUCUCCAUCGCGGUGGGGCUUAAUGUUGGGAUCCAAAAAGCCCAGCGGUUCAGUCCGGCGACUCGUCUACUGGUACAGAGGUUCAUUCCCUUCCCAGCUGUGGCCGGUGCCAACAUCUGCAAUGUGGGUCUCAUGAGGCACAGCGAGCUGGCAGAGGGCAUUGAUGUGCUGGAUGCCAAUGGCAAAGUGGUGGGCUCCUCCAAGAUCGCAGCGAAGCAUGCUUUGUUCGAGACAGCCCUGACUCGCGUGGUCCUACCCAUGCCGAUUAUGGUCUUCCCUCCCAUGAUCAUGGCAUUCCUGGAAAAACUCCCUCUCCUGCAGACGCACAGGAGGCUGGUCCUGCCCGUGCACAGCCUGAUGUGUCUAGUAACCUUUGGCCUGGCUUUGCCUGUGGCCAUCAGUCUCUUCCCUCAGAUGUCACAGAUUGAUGUGUCCCAGCUAGAGCCAGAGAUCGCCAAGGCAACAGACAGCAAGGUGGUCACUUACAACAAGGGUCUGUAACCAGUGGCAGCGGAGAUCCAACAGGAGCCUGUGAACAGGAGGGAAUCUCGCACUCUUGUUAUGCAGUUGAGGUCUUCCCAUCAGCUACCAGCAGGUGCAGAUGCACCCAACGUGAUUCAGUUUUGAAUGAAGCAUAGACACAGAGAAGGGCAGAUACAUUAGUGUGUGUUUUAACCCCAGUGUCACAGAUACAGCAUUAUCUAGUGUUGUGUGAAGUGGGUCAAACCACAGACAACGAGGAAUUCAACACCAGAAUGAGUCAUAUUACUUUGCAGCUGGGGGAAUUUUUCAGCCUUGGCGUAUCUUUAAUUCCAGAAGUGAGUUAGCAUUUUUAAGUCAUGGGUUCCGUCAGCAGAUUUCCUAUGCUUGUCUCGCUUACAGAUUUUGAUUUUCAUAAGCCUAAGAGAGUUUCACAUUUUGUUCUACAACAGACUGUAUAUUGAAAUUGCUAAUGAGUUUCUAUAUUGAAAUUAUUGAAAUUACAACAAUAGUCACAUUCCACCACCACCACUCAACCCACCAGCACAGAACAACUGUUGUAAUUUCAAUGUAGCAACUUGUUAGCAACUAACAUUUUUAAAGCACAUAACAGCUUUGAAAUUCACAGUUGAGACAUUAACAGGUGUAAUUUAUGUUGUUGAACAAUACGUGAAACUCUCCUAAAGCUUAUGUUAACCACAAACCUUAUUUUCUGCAUAAAUCAAAAUCCCUAUGGGAAAAAAAGCAUUGGAAAUCUUCUGAGGGAACCCACGUUGCAGGAAACUUCCGAGUUGGCCUACAAAAAGACAUUGUUACUGUAACCCUCUUGGUGUGGAGAAACAAAUGUAUCAAUGAGCUGAGGGAUGUUACUGACUUACAAGCAUUUCAGUUAAUGGUCUCUAAAGCUGAGUGCUUACAGUAAAUAACUGGACUGUAACACAUGAAUAGCUUUUGUUAGUUUUUGCCUUUAGUGACUGGCAAAAAUUCACAUUCCCAUCAUCAACAUUCCCUGUUAUAUUUCAGCUCAUGCUCAAACAACGCAAGGGUGCAUUAAGAAUCGAUGUAUUGAAGUCAUCGCAUGCCCACUCUUUGUGGUGUCAAGGGGUCUAAAACAACCUGGAUCUUCCAGAUAAGACUCCUGUUCAAUCCAUGCAAACCAUGUUCCCUGACCCAAAUUGUGCACCAUGAUUGUGAACGUCCCAUGCAAAUGCACACACGUGCCUGCAUUCUGACACAAACGCACACUCCAUCUUACACUGACGCGCUGACAAUCAGACAAACUUUAAAUGCACACUAAAUCACAUGAACAAAUGUGCACAAAAUCUCACACCCUUACGUGCGUGCACAGUUCAACACCCGUACCCAAAUGCCUUCACUGUCACAAUCCUUUUGACUCCUAUGCAAAACCACAGUUUUGUUCACCAGAAGUGCCCCCAAGGCUGACACACUGCCAACUACCCCAGGGUCUCAAAAUGAGCAUUAAAGGAAGCCUGGUUUUUUAUUGCAACAGUAGUUUCACAUACCUGCAUAUAACAAUUUCACUAAUCUAGACUACAAGGCACAUAUCCAGAGAUCCCACCAAAAUAGUAGAAAAAUACCUAAUUAUAUUUACUUAAAUUAAUAUGAUGAACAAAAAGCAUAUCUGUUUCUGCGGAUAUGAACAUAACAUGUUUGUUAUAUUAACUAUAACGUGAUAAUGUUCAGUACAGAAUUGGUCAGAAACAUGACGUCCUGAUUCCGUUCUGUUGAGCUGAGAUCAUUUCUGAUUCUUGUGUUCUCAUUGUAUAUUAAAAGUGGGCAUGCACUUUGUGUUGAUCUAAAUAGACUUCUCUUCUUGCAUUAAAAAUGUUUAAUGUGAAUUAACAUAUUGGCUGAAUGUUUAAAAAUGUCAUGUUGAAUAAUAUAUUUAUGCACAGUUUA